AUGGUCACGGCAGACGCUACAACGGCAGAUGUCUGGGCGGUGGAAGAGGAGGAGGAGGAGGAGGAGGAGGAGGAGGAGGAGGAGGAUGGUAGUGGUGGUUGGUGAGGGCAGUCAACAUUGGUUGGCAGCGCAGGAUUCGAGGAAGGGGUGGACAGAGAGACGACGGUUGAUGAAGUCUGGGUGCUGAAGUUGGUCCGGAGGUGUCCAACAAGUCCAAUUGGCUAUCGAAAUGUCCGUUGACAUCGUGGACACGUUGGAGGUGAUUGGGUGUUGGCGUUGUGAGGCGGCAGCAGCAGUUGAGAUUUGCGUGUCUCGCGUUUGGCUUUGGCAACGGUGAUGCGGUGGGAUUUGAAGAUUGCUGCGCCUGUUUUCAUUGUUCUCCGCGCAAGUCGGUCCCGGGAGAGGUCUUCCCAGUUUUCCGGGUUGAUCUGCAGGCGCUUAAUGGAGGUUUUAAGAGUAUCCUGUAGCGCCGGACUUGACCUUCUUUUCGACAUGCAUCCGUCGCGACGUCUCCAUAAAAAGUCGUUUGAGUGGCCUCUCGUCGUCCAUCCGUACAAGGUGGCCACUCCAGCGUAAUUGCAGUUGUCUCAGAAUACCGUAUAUGAUGAGGAUUCCCGUCCUUUACAGUACGUCUGUGUCUGGGAUCCGGUAAUGCCACCUCAGCUUCAGUAUUCGAGGAAGACGACUGAAGUGCAGGCGGUUGAGUCUACGUGCCUGCUUCAUGUACACCGUCCAGGUCUCUGCCCCGUACAACGUCGGUAGGAUGACGGUCUUGUACAUCUUCAGUUUCGUGUUGAAUUGAGGACCGUGACAAUUCCAAACUGUGUUUUGACGAUGACCGAAGGCUUAACUGGCCUUGAAAAUCCGGUGGGCCACUUCAUCGUCGAUUUUGGUGCUGCGCGAGAGGUUGCUGCCCAGGUACGUGAAGUUGUCCACCACUUGCAGGUGGGUUCCAUUGACGUUACGGCGCACUGUGGGCAGUAUUGGGUGGCGGUUGGUGUACGACCACCACCUUCUCCGUGUUAAUGAUCAGGCCCUUGGAUAUCAUCGGACUUGCGAGUUGUCCAAGCGUCCUGCACCUCCCAAAGGCGCUGUUGCACAAGUUGGAGACUGCGGUAGAGGGCUGCCUUCUUGUCGUCGGUGGGGCGGUUGACGUAGGCUUUGUACAGUCGGUUUUUCUGGACGAGGAGGUUGUUGAUGGCGGCGUCGUUGUCGCCGAAUCAGUCCUGAUGUUGGCGACGUGCGCGACCGACGACUGCCAGGGUUGUUGA